GUGCACAACUGAUAAGUUACGAUAUAUCUACUUUUUUCUUGCAGACUUGUUGUCACUUGAACAUUUCUCAUGUUUAGCGUGGUAGCAGCAUUUCUCCCAUUUUCUAUGCACACCGUCAUACAGGCUGAGUGCUCUUCUGCAAUCCCAAUGCUGAUUCUGGAAUAUCAGAGAAAAAUCGCGGCCGCUGCCACGGAUUCUACAAUCGAGAGCAAAAUGCUGUGAUAGGAGUAUGCAUUAGGAUAGCAAUGGUUGGGAGAGGAGAUAUCGCCGCGGGCUAUAAUAGAGUCAUAUAAUGCAUCCCAACAGACUUCCCAGGGAGCAUGUAUCUUGGGCCGAUACCACGAUUCUAAGAACCGAUUUCAAAAUAAACCACUGGAUGGCGGCCACCCGCUCGAAGCGAGAUGUAACAGCCUAAGGGAGCUUCAAUAAAAUGGCCUUCCUGCGGUAUUCACUGGGGAUGUCAUCAAGCACUGGAACGGACGCAGUGAUGGUGGGAAGUGCCGCUAGAUAGGUCCUCGUAGAUCCGUGAGGUCAUGUCCAGGCUGUUGACAUAAGGACAACAGAAUGUAAGAAGGCGAGAAGCUCUUUGUAUUUCGUAGAGUCCACCAUAGGACACAACGCCCCUGAAAGACCGUAAAUGGAUUUUCUUAAAAAUAAAAAUAGAAAAAAAGACGAAAAUCCUUGUCCUCAUCCUCGUAUUUUGGAUGUAUCGGAAUUCAGUAAAUUGGCAUGACUGUACAAUUUGAGAU